CGAAAAUCAACUUGCAUCUGUUCUGAUCUUCAAUUAUUUGUUGAUGUGGGUUUUUUCCAGCGAAGUUCGCUGAUAAAGUAUGUACUUAAAUAAAUUAAAUUCAUGUGCCGAUAAAAGAAACUAACCCUGCCAAAAAUGGACUCUAACUUAAGCUUAGUGAAUUAUUUCAUAUAUCCGUUAAUACUUCUAAUUACCUCUAUAUCAGAGUGUGCUAAGUUCGGUGAGGUGAUCUAUGCGGUGAAUGCCGGUGGAGACUCCCACGUAGAUAUUUUCGGCAUCGAAUACGAUAGGGAUCCUCUACAUAAUAAAGUUGGAACUGCCUCCGACUAUGGGAAGCAGUUGAUUAUCGGAAGGGUUCCUCAGAAUGACCAGAUAUUGUACCAGACUGAGAGGUAUCAUCAUAGCACUUUUGGCUACGACAUACCCAUUGAAGAGGAUGGUCAAUACGUCAUGGUUCUUAAAUUCUGUGAAGUUUACUUCAAUGCACCCAAUAUGAAAGUUUUUGAUGUAGUUCUUAAUGGUGAUCAUAUGAUCAUAUCUGAUCUAGACAUCUUCGACAAAGUUGGUCGGGGCAGUGCUCACGAUGAAUAUGUAGUUUUUAAUGUCGUUCAAGGAAAACUUUUUUACAAUGAGGAAGAAUCGGACAUCAGUGGAGGAAAAAUUCGUGUUGAAUUCAUCAAGGGUUAUCGAGACAAUCCAAAAAUCAAUGCUAUUCUGGUGAUCAAAGGAAAACUAGAAGAUAUACCAAAACUACCUCCUCUACAAACCGAAGACGAAUGGCGUCGAGAAGAGGUUGAAGAAGUUCCUGUACCGCCAACGUCCAAACGAAGACCCAGUGGGCCAAAAACUCCUGACCCGUAUACACUGGACGAUUCCUCUAUCAUGCUCCCCGUUUUUAUAGCCAUCGGAGCAUUUAUACCCAUGUUAUUCUGUCUUUGCAAGUUAUGAUCAUCAGUGCUGUGCUGUACUGUGAGUCCAAAAUCUUGAUUAUUUUCUACCAUUCGGGCUGUUAAUAUUUUGUGUUCGAUCCUUGCAUCUUAUGCUACUUUAACCUACACAGUCUUCGACGGUGCUAGUCUGCAAAAUCAGUUGAAAUUUCUAGAGGAGACUGCAUACUAGUUACAAAUUGUAGUAAUUUCCCUCUGCAUUUUAACAAAAAUAUUUUGCAGCAUUUUUCAAAGAGCCCUUGACUUUUUCAUUGAUCUGAUUUAAUAGAGGAUGGCCCAAUCCACUCUUCCAAUCUCAAACUUUACAUCAAGAUUUCUUGAGCCACAAAGAUUUUUUUACAUAUUCAUCAUGGAUCGUGGAGUUUUAACAGAUAGAGAAGUGCAAUAUAAAGGGGGGCUAUUUUAACUUUUCAAGGACCAUAUUAAGCCCAGGAUUGCUUUUUUUAAAGGACUAUUUCAUGCUUUAGUCACCAAAAAAAGCUGAUCUCGUAAGUGCAAAAUAAAAGGCUCUCCCAGCAAAAAGUAAAGAAUGUUUCUCGUGCAACGCGGGGGUUUCUUUCAUGUAAAUUAAGGAAAAUCUCAGAGGUCUCUAUUAAUUAGUUUAUGGCUUAAAUGAGUCAUGUUAAAAAUAUUGUGGCUUUUCCAAGAGUCACCAAAGAAGUAGGUUUCUCCAUUUUAUAUCCUCUAAACUAGGGAAGAUAAAUCAAAUCAGUAAAGUAGUUUGUACAUGGUGGGUGCACCUCAGCUUUAAAACAAGUUAAAGAUUAAAUCCAUUCAGAGAUAAAUACAAAUAUGUUGGGACAGCUUACUGUAUCCAUGUGCCCACCUUCACGUGCUCCAGCAGAUGGCAACAAAGUUUCCCAAUUUUAUCUGUGAAAGCAUGAGUGAUGAAGGUAAACCAAGUCAAAUUUACUUUGAUCUUCAUAUGCCCAGCUAAAAUUUUCAUCGACCAGUGGGUCAGAAAUCUCAAUCCAGUAUAAUGAAUUGAAGCUGAGAAUAUGAGAGUCAAAGUAAAUUUAACUCUGUUUGCGUUUCAUAAAAAAAUUUGCUGUGAUCUGCUUGUGUACGGGUGCAAGGGUACAGAAACCUUGUAAUGAUUGUGCAAUAAUGAUGAAAACAUGGGAUCCUGCAAUUAUGUGAAAAUUGUAUAUCUCUUCAAAAAUCAAGUCAAAAUUUGCAUGUUUUUUUUGCAGAAUUCCGCCAAUUGAAUUGGUCAUUUUUCUAAUGACCAGGGAUGAAAAUGCAAGAAAAACAGUUACAUAAAAUGUUAUUAAUUGACCUGUUUUAAAUCUUAGAUUAAGUAAUAAUGUGAAUAGUCAAUUAAAUGUUUUAAUAUUUUGGAUUUAUGAGAUUUGGAACAGAUCAACUUUAAUGGGAUUUUUUGUAUGUUUUUCUUGUAUUUUAAUUUUGGCGCUCAAAUAUUUUUGAGGAUGACUGAUUCUAUCAGGAAUAAGGACCAGAAAAAGGUCAUUGCUUCAAACAUUUUGGGGAAAAGGGGAUAUUGAAAAUGGGAAGGCCACUUCAAAUUUUCUUAUUUUGAAAAAUAUAAAAUAGGGAAUUUUUUCUUUUUGGAUGCCCCUCAAACGAUAGUGAAAUACUGUCCUGUUAAAGGGAAAUAACAAAUAAGCUUCCAAAUAUGUAUCCAAAUUUCUUGCAAUGAAAUAUUUAUGUUCAAGAAAACUUACAAAUUUAGUUUCUUGAGACUUUGAGAUACAAUAGAUUCAAUUGCAAAUGCAA